AUGUUCUCUGUUAUUCCUGCUCGGUUCUCUGAAAUUAGCUCAUCGUGGCCUGGGGAAGCUAAUUCUUUGAAGUCUUUGAAGUUAGAGAACAUACUAUUUCAGGGCAAGUCUGACUAUCAAGAUGUUCUAGUAUUUCAGUCUGCUACAUAUGGCAAUGUUCUUGUCUUGGAUGGCGUUAUUCAAGUCACUGAAAGGGAUGAGUGUGCAUUUCAAGAAAUGAUCACUCACCCUCCACUUUGCUCCAUUGAGAACUCAAAGAAUGUGUUGGUCAUUGGUGGAGUUGAUGGUGGCGUCCUGCCUGAGGUCUCUCAUCAUUCUUCCUUUGAGCAAAUAGAUAUAUGUGAAAUAGAUGCUAUGGUGGUUGAUGCAUGUAAAUUGCUCAUCGUCUAUGUAGCUGUUCGAUAUGAGGACUUACACGUUAAUCUCCAUAUUGCCGAUGGAGUUGAAUUUUUAGAAGCUGCUCCCUGGGGUACUUAUGAUGCCACUAUAGUUGAUUCUUCUGAUCCAACUAGUAAACCUGCACAAGAACUUUACAAGAAGCUUUUUGAGUUUGUAGCAAAGGCCAUUUGCCCAGGAGGUGUGGUUUGCACACAGGCGGCGAGUUUAUGGCUUCACAUGCAUAUCAUUGGACGUCGCCCAAUAAUUAAAGGUUCUGUCAACUAUGCAUGGACUACUGUGCCUACCUAUCCAAGUGGGGUGAUUGAUUUUAUGCUUUGCUCUUCUGAGGGCCCUGUAGUCGAUUUCAGGCACCCGGUGACUGGAGUGGAUGUGAUUGGCAAUCAUAAUAAAGUUAAAGGGCCCCUGAAUUUUUCCAAUGCUGAGAUCCAUUCUGCAGCAUUCUGUUUGCCAUCAUCUGCAGAGAAGAUGCUUGGCCCCAAGCUCACUUGAACUACCACCCCGCAAUUCAUGUUUAUGUGGUGUUUAA